AUGUCACGUCCAGCAACGCACGCAGGUUCUUGGUACUCUGAUGAUCCAAGACUAUUAAAAUCACAACUUUUAGGAUAUUUGGAAGCCACUGGCUUAAGAGGUGAACCAGGAGCUAAUAUUAUUGUAUCACCACAUGCAGGCUAUAGAUACUGCGGUAAGACUAUGGCACAUGCCUAUGCCUCACUUGAUUUAACCAACGUUUCAAGAGUGUUCAUUAUGGGUCCUUCACAUCACGUAUACUUCAAAAAUAAAGUACUGGUAAGUGGGUUUGAUUCCCUAGAGACGCCGCUAGGGACGUUAAAAAUUGACCGUGAAUUGGGGGAUGAAUUAAUCACAUCAAGGCAUUUUGCUGAAAUGGAUCCUGGAGUGGACAUGGAGGAGCAUUCUAUCGAAAUGCAGUUCUCCAUGUUGGCGCAAACGUUACAAUGGAAAAAUGUCCCGCUAGAUACAGUCAAGGUUGUGCCACUUAUGGUAUCACACAACUCCAAGGAAGUUGAUUGGCAAAUUGGUAAUGUUUUGGGUAAAUACCUAGGUCCAGGGACUAUUUUCAUUAUUAGUAGCGAUUUUUGUCACUGGGGUCGCAGAUUUGGCUAUACUGGAUACGUUGGUAGCCAAGAUGAAUUGAACGAUGCUAUUGCGCAAGAGACUGAAAUUGAGAUGUUGACCUCACGUAGUAAACUAUCGCACCACCAGUUGGAUAUCUGGAAAUCAAUUGAAUUGUUGGAUCGGGCGGCUAUGGAUGUAUUGAAGCUACAGGGCGAUAAGUAUGACGAAUGGAAAAAAUAUUUAGAAGUUACGGGCAAUACCAUCUGUGGUGCAAGACCAAUUGCACUGAUGUUGGCGAUCUUGGCACAGACAAGAGAUGCCAGAUUUCAAUUCCCAGCUUAUUCACAGAGCUCUCAUGUUCGUGAUCUACACGAUAGCAGCGUCAGCUACGGCUCCGGCUUUGCAACUAUGUAA